UGAAAGCUAAUUUAACAUGUUUGUUUACUUGUAUUAUUCAUUACAGUUUUAGUGACAUCUGUGCUUCAGAUUUGCCCUUUUAUCUAAAUUGAAAUGCAGUAAUAUUUGUAAACACUGAAUUUGUAAAAGCUGUGUAUGAAUUCAGACACUGCUCUGCUCUGAACGCGUGUUGGGGUUUUGUUGACUCGUGGACAGGAAGUGCUGUCGGUGACAGCGCGCGACUCCAUUUUAGGCUUCAUUCAUCUGAAUGCCAGUGAGAUUACGUGCUCACUACGGUAAGGCAGUGCUGUACCUACAUAAUCAACUAUGAAUUACUUUACUUGAGUGCUAAUGUUCAGAUUUCACAUGCAGGUAAUGCAGUCUGUCGUUGUACUGCAAUGUGACUGCAUGUUUCUUAGUAAGGCGACGUCUUCGGGUAACUUUAUGUACGUUAGUCAUGCCACUUAAUUUAGCGUUGCAAAACCGAAAACAUUGUCCUACAGCUCUUAUAACAUCACCGACGCUCAUUGGUCGUACUUAAUCGCGUAUCGGGCAUCAAAAACAUACACUUUAAUAAUGAAAAAUUAAACUUAAGGAGGGUAAUACGUUGGGGGCCAUGGUCACGCAGAAACGUGGCCUAGCAAAGCGAGUUAUUUCAGCUUCGCCAUAAAAAGUAGAACUGAGUCUGGUUUACAACUUUACCACUUUCAUCAGAUCAGUGAGUGUCACACACAGCAUAUCUAAUGCCGAGUUGUGAGUCAAUCAUUCUGGCUUGAAGCUACACAAUCGAAACCAAAACAACUCUUGAUGGGAUUAAGGUGACUUUGGUUUUGUAGGCCAACAAAGCUCUAAUGUAGGAACUUAUCUGUUGCUAUAACGUGAAACUAUGCUCCUUCUGUCCAGGAAAAAAAAGGCAAUAAAGAUGGUUAAGAUCUUUGUUGGCAACCUAUCCUCAAGCACGACCGCGGAAGAUCUGCGCUCUCUUUUUUCUGACUAUGGCAAAGUUAAAGAUUGUGACGUCCUGAAAAACUAUGGGUUUGUGCACAUGGAGGGUAAGCAGGAGGCCGAAGAGGCUGUUCGCAAACUCCACCUUCACGAGCUGAAAGGCCAAGCCAUAAAUGUGGAGAUGAGCAAAAAUAAGCCCAGGGGCUCCACCAAACUGCAUGUGAGCGACAUCUGCAGUGGUUGCACCAAUCAGGAGCUCCGGGCCAAGUUUGAGGAGUAUGGCCCUGUGGUUGAGUGUGACAUAGUGAAGGACUAUGCUUUCGUUCACAUGGAGCGAAUGGAGGAUGCCAUGGAGGCCAUCAGUGGGCUGGAUAACACCACCUUCCAAGGCAAGCUGAUCAAAGUACAACUGUCUACAAGUCGCCUCCGUACAGCACCUGGCAUGGGAGACCAAACUGGUUGUUACGUCUGCGGAGAACAGGGCCACUGGUCCAAAGAUUGCAGGCGCCGCCAAAACGGUAGCUAUGGCGGAGGCAUGGGGGGAUUCCCCGGCGGUAGAGGCCCCCCAAGGAGUGCUCCGAAUUACGGCAUGGGCGGCCCUGGAGGUCUUCCUAAUAGAGGUUACCCAGCAGGGCCGCUCCCCCCUUCCCCGCCCCUGAGCCGCCGUCCCAGCUACGGCGAGUACGGCGCGGGUGCUCGAGAACGGUACCUCUGCAGGCCACUGAGCGCCUAUCCUGAGAGGCCAUCCGCAUUUGUGCGAGAACGCUACGGAAGCAUUGACUAUUACGAGAAGUAUCGGGCUCGUCCGAAUGGCUCUAGCUUCUUCGAGGAUAGUAGGCUUCUCUCUAUUCCCCCUCCUCCUCCCCCUCCCUCUUCUUCCUCUCUCUCAAGGAUGCGGUUGGCUCCUCCCAGCCUCGAACCCUAUGAGCGACGCCUUCUGGCGCCUCCGCCUCCCACAGCAUCAGCGUACUUCUCGCGGGACCGUAGCCCAAUCAGACGUGUGGGCGCCGGUUUGGAAGGCUACUCGUAUGAGUGCUCGCGACUUUCCCUGGUAUCAAGGAGCUCAUCGACUUACAGCGUGCCGCGGCCCAGAGAGAACUACACCGAGCGGGUUCGAUACGCAUACUAAGCCACACACUUGCUAAGGUGUUGUCAAGUGAAAAGGCUUCCCCUCCACCUAUAUGACUUUGCCUCAAUCAGAUGCUCCAUCGGAUUUCAAAGAUGCAGGAUUGGAUGGGCACUUCAGAUGCUCCAUCGGAUUUCAAAGAUGCAGGAUUGGAUGGGCACUUCAGAUGCUCCAUCAGAUUUCAAAGAUGCAGGGUUGGAUGGGCACUUUGAUCACAAUACUCAUCAGCUCUGCUCAUUAACGUUUUACCCAUAAUUCACAAACUGCUGUUUAAUUUCCUUUUCCAAUGGAGUCAUCUGUGUAUGAUUACAAGAAGUGGUUGUGGUUUUUGUUUUGUUUUUCAUUUGUAUCCAGAGGUAAGUUAGGGUGUCUAAUGUCAGCAUAACUUUACCUCUGCUAUUAACUACAGUUACACAGACACUCUGUGAGAUUUAAAAUGUUACUUUAGUCUCUGCUUUCCUCCAGUCAAGUUGUGAUCCACUAUAAUUUACCCCUUUUAAUGCUCCAAGACUAUACUUCAGUUGUCAGGUUGGUUUGCCACCUAAUUUCUUUGAUUUAUGAUUUGUGAGGACAAUCUGGUUAUGUUUCUUAUUGCAAAAUAAUACCAGCAUUGUGUAUUUAUAGGGGUAGUGGCAAUCUAAUUAAUCCUGUGGCUGCAAAAAGCUUUUAUUGGGGGAAAAAAACAAUAAAAUUCAACAUUUCUACAUUCUUUUUAUUAUUUGCUACAGGUGGUUGGUAUAAUACAGACUGUUCAGGUUUGAAUUUUACUUGCUUGUUGAAUUGUAUUAUAUCUAAUUGAUAUGUUCAACAGGAUGGUAAACGUUUCUUCUACCAAUAUCUGUGAGUUUUUUUGUGAUUUGGGAGCUUGGACAUGACACGUUGUCCAAACAAUUUUUUGAGGUUUUGGUUGUCUCCACCCUCCCAAAAAAAUCUGAUUUCAUAUACAACCUAAAUAGUUUGCCAGCUUUCAGUGGGAUGCAAACUGUUUUCUGUUCUGCACACACCAAUGACAGUUCAAGGCAGGAGAUCAUAACGUUGUAAGAUGAUGCAACUAGAUGGAAAGGUGGACUGUACAUGUGAGUGAAUUGGAAAUUUGCACGACAUGUGCUGACCAACUCUCACUCAGGGCUUUAUUCACCUUUGAGACUGCUAGCGUUUACUGGCUAUUGCCCUUUAUGGAUGCCUUGGGAAGUUCUGUGAAAAUGUUUAUAAAUUAGAUUUUCUGUAGUUUGUCUGUUUCCUACAGAAUUCAGGAGUGUGUUUUAUGAAUUCUUUUGUAAUAAACCAAUAUUUUGGUGAAGAAAAAA